UGGAGGAAGUACUUGGUGGAGGACUUGGAGGAGCCAUUGAUGAAUGGCAAAGUUGUGAGCUGUAGCAGUGGGGAAGAAACAGAUGGAAAUGAAGAAGACAGCAGCAAUGGGUCGAUAGGAAUGGUGCUUCUCAGCACUGCUGUCGUGGUUUGUGGCUCUUUCGAGUUUGGCUCUUGUGUUGGUUACUCUGCACCUGUUCAGUCUGCAAUUAGUGAAGAUCUCAACCUGUCUUUGCCUAAGUACUCCAUGUUCAGCUCGAUACUGACAAUUGGAGCCAUGCUUGGAGCUGUAACCAGCGGCAGAACUGCAGACUUCAUCGACCGAAAAGGGGUGAGUUUUAGUACUCCAUAGCUAUGGAAUAAGAAUCAUAAUACAGAGUGUGAGUGAAAUCUAAAUUCCUCAUGUUUCUAUGUUUUUGACAAAGCACAGGCAAUAAGGAUGUCCGCUAUGCU